AUGGACGAGACUGAUGCAGGGCUUUUUGGGGAUUCGUGGCUAAUGUCGAAAGAUAAAAAUGAAGAAGAAGAAAAAAAAGAAAAUGACAAGAAAAAGAAAAAGAAGAAAAUUAGAGAGAGAGAGAGAGAGAGAGAGAGAGAGAGAGAGAGAGAGAGAGAGAGAGUAAGAGAAAGAAUCGGGAGGGAGGGAACAGUCACAACCCCCCAAAUACCCCCUCAUGCAGGCGCAAGCGCAAAUCCUCUCCCGAAAUGA